CUUUAUUGAAUCGAAAACGCACGGAGACCACAAUCUUCUCUUCAAACAAUAUCGCAGGGCUCCCGCAUCCUUCCCCGGGGCCGGGAUUAGUGAUAAGAUCCCGGCUGACAAGCGGGAUUAUGGUACACACCUCCAACGUUUAGAGUCGGAAUCAAUGCACAAUUCUAGAAAUUCUAGGUCGAACGAUGACAAGAAGACGAGAAGAAAAUAUGAUACGGAGCUGCCUUUUCAGACUGUGUCAUUUGGAGCAAGAUUCAAGAGAGACCUCAGCUCAGGAAAUGUUAUGAUUACUCAGCAUUUCAAUGACAAAGUCGUAUCGCCGGGUGAAGAUAUAAGUCUACAAUGUACAGCUACAUCGGAUCGGCCACCACGGUUCAUUUGGGAAAGAGACGGCGUAGUCAUCACAUCGAAUACUGACUCUAGGUAUAUCCUUGGCCAGGUAAUGUCGCCGUCGGGAAUUGGAGUGAUAUCACAAUUAAACAUAUCCAGAUCUAGGGUUGAAGAUGGCGGGCUUUAUGCUUGCGUGGCGUAUGAAGGGGAGUCAAAUACAAAACAUGCUGCUAGGAUAGAUGUCUAUGGUCCACCUUACAUAAGAACUUUGCCACCGAUCAAAGUUCAAAGCGGUGAUUCAUUGAAACUGAGAUGCCCUUACUAUGGAUUUCCUAUAAGCAAAUUAGAAUGGGAACACAAAGGAAAAAAGAUCAUAACAUCAAUGUUGCCGCAACACACGAGGUAUAAACGAACAAAUAUAAAUAGUAAAAACCGUAAAAACACGAGAAAGAGACGUAGAAAACGACAAGUCUUAGAAAGUAGUGAAGACGGUGUCCUCAAUAUAGAAAGAGUAUUGAAAGAAGAAAAUGGCGAAAUGUAUACUUGUAUCGUAUUUAGUCCGUCGGGAGAAAUGGCUAGAAGAUCAUUUGAAAUACAAGUUGUAGAAGCCCCUGAGCUGGAUGAACUGCGCGUUGGAUCCGGUUUAAAAGAAGGACAGAUUGUUCAAAUUACUUGCAAUAUAAUCAGUGGAGAUCCACCGAUUUUUUUUUCUUGGCUUAAAGAUGGUAUGAAAAUUCCAGCUAGCUUAAAGAUAACUGAAAGAAGCUCAGAACUAUUCAGCGUUUUAAUCAUUAAAAGAGUAUCGCUAGAGCAUUGCGGUAGAUACACAUGUAUAGCUACUAAUCAUGUCGGUAAAGUCAAUCAGACCACUGACUUAUAUAUAAAUGUUGCACCAAAGUGGGUUGAAGAACCGACAAAUACAUCUCUUCUUCUUGGCCAACGUGGUAUUGUAGAUUGUAAUGCAAAUGGUUAUCCCACGCCACAAAUACAUUGGAUGAAGAGAGAUGCUGCAUUAGGAAUUUGGCGACCAAUUCUUGAUUUAGCUGGGGGUGGAGUGUCCAGCUAUCCUAAUGGCUCGUUAUCGUUAGAGGUGGUUUCUCUAGCAGACGAAGGAGAAUACGCAUGUCACGUAGACAAUGGGGUUGGUGAACCAUUACACAAGAAUUUGUGGAUAAGUGUCAAUAAGCCGGUGCACUUCGAGACCGUGGGAAUGAACCUGACUACAAAAAUGGGUCUACCAAUGACACUUAUUUGUCAACCAUUGGGUGACAAUCCUAUACGGAUCAAAUGGAGCUUAAAUGGAAAACCAGUGGAGUUCACAUCGUCGAGAAUCACCAUAUCAGAAUCGGUUAAUUCUAAUGGUAUGAAAAGCACGAUUAACAUCAAUUAUGUGGAAGGCAGAGAUGGCGGAACAUACGAGUGCAGAGCGAGCAAUCCAUACGGUGUUGCUACGUUUAAUAUUCAUUUAAAUAUUCUGGAACCGCCUACCCCUCCAAUGGAUCUCCAAGUGGACUCAGUAACCAGUUCAUCAGCGAAAUUGUCCUGGAGGGACACAAUCAUAUCGCACGUACAAUAUUACAGUUUACAGUACUCCUCCAACCAUUACACUAUGUGGGACACUGCUAAAACUAUCAAUAUAACUAGGCAAGAAAGCGACAUUCGUCAAAACAUAGAACUACGUGAUCUGCAACCAGCUGUGGAUUAUCGAGUGCGUAUCGCUUCAGGCAACCAAGUUGACCUCAGCCCGUACACUCAACCUGUCCACUUCACUACCUUACAAGAAGCACCAUCAUCAAGCCCUCUCGGGGUUCAGGUUCAACAAACAGACAACCCGGGUGAAUUAUUCGUAUCAUGGAUACCGCCUACAAGGGAGACCCAUAACGGAGCACUUCAGGGUUACCAUGUAAAAGCCAUGCCAAGGAUCAGUGGAGAAGCUGGUGGCAACGACUCGCAGACUAAACUAGUGAAGGUUACGUCAAGGAAAGGAAAACAAGAGACGAUUUUGAGCGGUCUCCUAAAGAAUACGAGGUACGCUGUAUCUGUGAGUGCAUUUAAUUCAGCGGGAAAUGGGCCAUUCUCUUUGCCUGUUUAUCAAACCACAAGGGAAGGAGCUCCAGAAGAGGCUCCGUCAAGUGUGGAAUGUGUAGGGUCAUCAUCAUCGUCAGUCCGUGCAGCGUGGCGACCGGUGGCUAACUCCCACUCUUUAUUGGGAUAUGUAACACAUUAUUGCACAGAUGAUGGUCCUUGGCUAAACGUCACAACGCCACACACAGAAUUGUAUCUUCAAGGUCUGCUCAAAUACACUAAUUAUACUAUAAAAGUCGCCGCCUUUUCUAACUAUGGCGUUGGACCUUUCUCUUAUCCUGUUGUUUGCACGACAUUACAAGACGUUCCUGGACCACCAUCUGCUAUAAAAGCUUUAAUAUCAUCUCCCACUUCUUUACUAGUUAGUUGGAAGAGACCUGAUCAACCUAACGGAGAAAUCACUCACUAUACUGUUUAUGUCAAACCGGUUACCAGUACCAAUGCACCUCAAAGCUACAGAGUGGAACCAAUACAAGAAUCGAACCUGUCACGACAACUGACAUUCCCCUUGUCAGGUCUAACCACCGGGAUGCAGUAUGAAGUAUUCGUGCGAGCUCAUACCACCGCUGGUGAAGGCGCUCCAAGCAACAGAGUUCACGUUGAGUUAAAUUCUAGAGUUGUAGCUGGUGUAGCAUCCCUUGGAGGAGCUGUAUCAGUGGGGGUGGGAAACUCCCUCCUACUAGUUUGUCAGUGUGUGGGAUCACCACCACCGAGGACAGUGUGGUACCACAAACACAACAUCAUCACACACCAUCCGAGAUUCACGAGGAACCAUGAUGACAGCUUGUUGAUUAACAAUAUAGAUCAAUCAGUAAGUGGAAACUACACUUGCUUAGCUAAGAACCUGUACGGAUCGGAUUCGGUGUCUUAUGAAGUUUCAGUAUUACCCACGCCAGAACCACCCGUUUUUAGGGUGACUUCGCACAAGAAUGCCAUACAUUUACAGUGGGACCAGCCGAGGAAAGUUGGAGAGAAAAACCAGAAGAUCACCUACGAGCUGACUUGGAAAGAGGCAAACGGCUUGUGGCAGGACACGUGGUCAGACAAAGGUACAACUAUUCAAGGAGUCCAGGAAUACACACUAGAAGGUCUGAAAUGUGGUACAAAAUACUCUCUAAGGAUGACAGCAGCCAAUAGUGUUGGCUCUUCACAGCCGGCUUACGUUGAUGCUACAACUUUGGGUGGAGUUCCGAUAUCACCGACAACAACGGAAUGGUUUUGGAGUAACUCGAGCCAUAUAUAUAUACAAUUGAGCGGUUGGGACGAGAAUGGCUGUGAAAUAACGCGAUGGGAAGUCGACUACAGAGAGCACGGAGGGAAAGUUUGGAGGCGAGCUGAUAAUAAAUUGCCUCUACUGGACCAAGCGUGGAAUCAUUACUCAUCAUCAAUACUCAGUCAGCCAAACUCCUUCGUCAUAGCCGACCUCGUUCCAGAGCAGUGGUAUCAAAUAAGAAUAGUCGCUGAGAACGCCGCGGGAAUAUCUACUUCGCUUUAUAUGUAUGCCACUACUACGAUACUUGGAGAAUCAAUCGGACCACCGUCGGACAACUUUGAUAUUAACAUGCUGGUUAUUGUAUGCAGCUCAAUACUACUAUUGAUUUGCUUAGUAACGUGCAUGUACAUUCUAGUUAAAAGACAUCACCACCAAAGACUGACGGAAUACAGAAAUUCAUUAACAGGUGAAUGUAAAUCGGAGCGAAGCAACGCAACAGUCAACACUCCUCAAAGCAUUCCGACUGAAGUGAAUAACAGAGUUUACAGCACUCCAGUACAUCUCACUGGAGAUAACAAACAUGAGCUAUACGAAAUAAGUCCGUACGCACAGUUCGCGAUUGGUUUUCGUACAUUCGGUCAUGUGGACAAUCAAGAGGUACCCACUCGGAUGCACCUGCCUGGCAACAGUAAAGCUAGAUAUGACAGUGAGACAAGUUUCCAAAUGAGAUCAGAAUCUGAAGAAAGCGAUUGCGUUUCACGAACUACAACAUUAAAAAGUGCACCAAGAAAAGCCUGUCGAGUGCCUCAUCACAGGUAGCCAUCGAAUAUUAAAAAGAGAAGUGAAACCAAAACUAGUCAGUAAUUUAAUAAAAUGUUUGUUUUCAUU